AUGAAGUUCCUCGGGAAGCCCAGGAGCCAGACAGCUGCCUCUCUGCCUCUUUGCUUGAUCUUUUUGAAGAUCCUGCAACCAGGGCACAGCCACCUUUACAGCAACCGCUACGCUGGUGAUAAGGUGAUAAGACUUAUCCCCAAUACAGAAGAGGAAGCAUAUGCAUUGAAGAAAAUAUGCCACCAGCUUAAGGUGGACCUGUGGCAGCCCAGCAGCAUCUCCUAUGUCUCAGAGGGAACAGUUACUGAUGUCCAUAUUCCCCAGAAUGGUUCCCGAGCCUUGUUAGCCUUUUUACAGGAAGCCAACAUCCCAUACAAGAUCCUCAUAGAAGAUCUUCAGAAAGCACUGGAAGAAGGAAGCAGUUCGCAAGCCCAGAGAAAUCGAAGAUCCCUCUCUGAAUAUAAUUAUGAAGUUUAUCACUCCUUAGAAGAAAUUCAAAAUUGGAUGCAUCAUCUGAAUAAUACUCAUUCAGGCCUCAUUCACAUGUUCUCUAUUGGAAAAUCAUAUGAGGGAAGAUCUCUCCUUGUUUUAAAGAUGGGCAGGCGAUCCCGAGCUUACAAACGAGCUGUCUGGAUAGACUGUGGUAUUCAUGCAAGAGAAUGGAUUGGUCCUGCCUUUUGUCAGUGGUUUGUAAAAGAAGCUCUUCUAACAUACAGGAGUGACCCAACCAUGAGAAAAAUGAUGAAUCACCUGUAUUUUUAUAUCAUGCCUGUGUUUAAUGUUGAUGGAUACCAUUUCAGCUGGACCAAUGAUCGCUUUUGGAGAAAAACAAGGUCAAGGAACUCAAGGUUUCGCUGCCGUGGAGUGGAUGCCAAUCGUAACUGGAAAGUGAAAUGGUGUGAUGAAGGAGCUUCUAUGCACCCAUGUGAUGAUACAUACUGCGGACCUUUUCCGGAAUCUGAGCCUGAAGUGAAAGCUGUUGCUAACUUUCUUCGAAAACACAAGAAGCACAUUAGGGCUUACCUCUCCUUUCAUGCAUACGCUCAGAUGUUGCUGUAUCCCUAUUCUUACAAAUAUGCAACCAUCCCCAAUUUUAGCUGUGUGGAAUCUGCAGCUUAUAAAGCUGUGAAUGCACUUCGAUCAGUAUAUGGGAUACAGUAUAGAUAUGGACCUGCCUCCAGCACCUUGUAUGUGAGUUCUGGUAGCUCGAUGGAUUGGGCCUACAAAAAUGGAAUACCCUACACGUUUGCUUUUGAACUGCGUGACACUGGGCAUUUUGGAUUUUUACUCCCAGAGGUGCUCAUCAAACCCACCUGUACAGAGACCAUGCUGGCCGUGAAAAACAUCACCAUGCACCUGCUGAAGAAGUGCCCCUGAGAUGGCCCGAGGGUCAGGUCAACCGCCAGCAAGACGGCUGACUCUGCCCAGGAGCUGCUGGGCAGUGGAUGAAAACUCUUCUUAAAGAGAGAGGCAGCUGCUUGGAGUGAGCAUAUCUGUGGACUUUUAA